GUAUUUCUCUUUCUCUCUCUCAGACUGAGCAGAAGAUCUGAACCAGUGCUGUUAUCUACACUUGUCUAGGUAAAGACAACAAUGGCAAGCAUCGUCCCCAAAAGCAAAGCUAAAGGUGUCGAUUUUUGUGGAUCGUCAUACUACUACUAUAUAAUCCGCUCUGAUCUCGGCUGCUAUUUGCAGUCAAGUGAUUUUAGAAAAGGGUCAGAUCUCACUGUAUUCAAUCUGCACCCCUCCUGUCAAAAUGGAGAUCAUUAUUUGGCUAACAAGGAUGGCAACUUUUACAUCAUUAAAGGUAAAUUCUACCGCAGAGUCACUGACCUGUCAAGAGAUGACAGUGCUGUAGUUGCCAGCCUUCAUCCCAACUGCCAGGGUGGAGACAACUACCUCGCAGCCUAUGGCUUUUUUUACAUCAUCUUUAAAGAAAGGGGAGUUUACAGAAAAACAUCAGACCUGAGUCUUGACUCAAAUGCUGUAGAAUACAAGCUACAUCCUAAUUGCAGUAAGGGUCUCUAUUACUGGGGUCUGCCAGAUAACUACUACUUUCUCAUGCAAGACUCACAGUGGGGAGUUCAAUACUGUAAAGGUUCCAACUUCAAUAAAGAUGAAUGUGUUGCUGUCUAUUCUGUUCACCCUGAUGUUGUCAACUUUCUGCCUGGCGAAUAUGGAGGUUCACAUGUGAACACUGAGAAAGAAUGCUGGAACGAAGUCACUACGGUAGAAGAAGGGAUAACGUUUGAGCUGAAGCCAGGCGAGAGUUUAUAUCUGUGGCAGUACCAACUGGGUCUUUCUGAUGAACCAGUGUUGUUCUGUCGUGAUUUAAAGAUCAAUAAUGUGUCGGAUCCCCCAACUGAAGUACCUGAACAACCAUAA